CCCAACGUAAAGUACAAUUUUAAAUUUAAGCUCCUGACUAAAUAAUGAUUCCGUGGUCAACGGCCAGGGAACCUGGGCACCCCGGAGCCUCUGGAGGGUGCAGUGGGGUGUAGGCAAGGGCAGGGGGAGUGGGCGAAGCCGCUGGUUGGUGCCUGAAAUCUGUGCGUUGCCCCUUUAAUUGUGUCCCCAGCCCUCGGGCGUUUCUGUCCAACGCCCACGUCAGCAAAUACCUUUUGUUUCUCUCACGUUGGGGCUACUUGUUUUAGGGCGCAAAGGAGCGGCUUCGAGAGUGGGUAUUUCCCCUGCCGAGGUCCAGGAAUCCUCCCCCAGCCCGCGCGCGCGACCCGCCGGUGCGCCGCGGCCCGCGGACAACCCUUCAUAUACAGAGUGUGUUUGACUUGGAAUCUUCCCUUUUUUACUCCACUCAAUUGACUUAGCAGGGUUUCAAGAGCAGCGUUCAUAAAUUUUCAGGUGACAGCCACAAUAUCUUAGUGAAGGAAGAAUCCUCUGGACAUCCGGGUUUCUUCCACAUUAUGCCAGAAGUUCUGGCAUCUCAGCUUCACUGAAUAUAGUCCACCCUUGAGUUCCAGUUGUGGUCUGCCCAUGAAACAAGUUUUUAGAGCCAUUCCCAAGUGUUUGAACUAACACAUAAAAUCCACAAUCUCUGAAUGGAGAUCUCCUCUCACCAGUCCCACCUCCUGCAGCAACUGAAUGAGCAGCGCAGGCAAGACGUCUUCUGUGACUGCAGCAUUCUGGUGGAAGGGAAGGUCUUCAAAGCGCACCGAAAUGUAUUAUUUGCUAGCAGUGGUUAUUUCAAAAUGCUCCUUUCUCAGAAUUCGAAGGAGACGAGUCAGCCCACCACAGCUACCUUUCAGGCCUUCUCCCCUGACACUUUUACGGUCAUCCUGGACUUUGUCUAUUCUGGCAAACUCUCUCUCACGGGUCAGAACGUCAUAGAAGUGAUGUCAGCCGCCAGCUUCCUUCAGAUGACUGAUGUCAUUAGCGUAUGUAAGACCUUUAUUAAAUCUUCACUAGACAUCAGUGAGAAAGAAAAAGAUCGCUAUUUCAGUCUCUCCGAUAAAGAUGCCAAUUCUAACGGUAUAGAACGUUCCUCCUUUUAUAGCAGCGGCUGGCAAGAAGAAAGCGGUUCUCCACACUCUCACCUGAGCGCAGAUCAAGGAACAGGUGUCAUAAGUGGGAAAUCUUGGAGUAAGUAUAAUUACCAUCCAGCCUCCCAAAGGAAUACUCAACAGCCUUUGGCCAAGCAUGAACAAAGGAAAGACUCCAUUAAAAAGUCCAAACAUUUGAGGCUGUCACAGCCUUCUGAAGUCGCUCAUUAUAAGUCCAGCAAACGAGAAGCACGAACCUCAGAUUCUUCCAGCCACAUUUCCCAAUCUGAAGAACACGCACAGAUUGAUGCUCACAUGGACUCCAUGCCCGUUGGCUAUCCGUACGGUCCAGGAUCUGAUGUCACAUCCAGAAGCUUUCCAGAUGAUCUGCCCCGGAUGCGGUUCAAGUGUCCCUACUGCACCCACGUGGUGAAGCGGAAGGCAGACCUCAAGCGCCAUCUUCGCUGCCAUACAGGGGAAAGACCCUACCCUUGUCAAGCCUGUGGGAAGAGAUUUAGCAGGCUGGACCACCUCAGUAGCCAUUUCCGCACAAUUCACCAGGCAUGCAAAUUAAUCUGCAGGAAAUGCAAACGCCACGUGACUGAUCUAACAGGGCAAGUGGUCCAGGAAGGAACCAGGCGCUACAGACUCUGUAAUGAGUGCCUCGCUGAGGUGGGCAUAGACCGCCUCCCCAUUGAAAUGGACGCCGAACAGCAUCUUAUGUCCCCAUCAGAUGGAGAUAAAGAUUCCAGAUGGCACUUGAGUGAAGACGAGAACAGAUCGUACGUGGAGAUCGUAGAGGAUGGGUCUGCCGAUCUGGUCAUACAACAGGUUGACGAUAGUGAAGAAGAAGAAGAGAAGGAAAUAAAGCCCAACAUUAGGUAGCUAACGUGCAAACCAACAGAGCUGGCAUGUCUGCAACUUACGCUGACUUCCUGUAUCUCUCUCUUUCCGUGGUCAGAGUCUGGCUCACAAAGGCAUCAGACUGACAUUAAGGUGAUGGCCUAAUAGAACUUGCAUGCUUUCCGAACAGGUCAUGGUACCCAUUCUGAACUUUGUUGCCCUAAAGUGUGUUGCUGCACUGGAAAGAAAGACCCAGCUUGAGUUGGCAUGAUGGAUGAACAAUUAAUCCUCUUCCUUUUAUUACAGAGAUACAUUUUUUCUUUUAAUAUUGAAAGAUCUACUUAGCAAACUUUUCUCAAAGAAAAUAUUUUAAAUAAAUUUACCACAAGCAAACUUUAUAUAAGAGAAUUUCAAAGUGUUUCAAAAACACAAACUCUACCAAUAUUGAAUUUUCACAGGGAACCAAGGAAGAGCACAUUUAAGGGUCUGGCACCCUUACCUGGCUGAAUUAUAAGCCUUUCUAUUAAUUUCAGAUCUAAUUUAAUUUCAGAUCUAAAACAACCUUUCAGUAUCCCAAUAUCCUAGAUAUUGUUUUAGGAGUAUGGCAGACGACAAAUCUAAAAUGUGUGAAACCGUUCAUAGUUGAACUUUUUGUCAUUAAGGUAAAGAUGACUCUUGUGUAGUCAUAUCGUUUAAAAACAAAAACCUAAAAUAGAGGAAGACCAGAGAUUACAUACGGACAUCAUCUUCUAAAGCAGGAAACAAAUACUGCCUGAAAGUUAAGGUGGUUUGUGAAGAUCUGUCAGUAUAAUUCUCCUCCUCUCUAAAGGAAAACGAGCAAACAAACAAACAAACAACAAAAAAAAAUGAUGAGCAAGAAAAUUAGAGGUUACAAGUUCUUAAGAGUAAUUUCUAACAUUUAUUGUUCUGCUAUAUUAUUUCUAAAGUGCUCUCUCACACAUUUUCUCACUUAAUCAGCAAGGGAGAUAUUACUGUCUCUAAUUUACAAGUGAGGAGAUUAAUCAGAAAGUUGAAGUGGUGGGACUGGUGAUUCAGGUCUUGAUUUUAAACAGCCUUCUUUCAACUGUCCCCAUAUUGUCUCCUGAAAUGGUGAAAAAUUGAAGUCAAACCUCACCAAUCUGCAGUAAUCAGAAAAAAAGCCUAUUAGAAUUAGAAAGCACGAAAGAAGAACUUAAUAAGCUUCAAGAACACAUAAUAACUUGGAUUAGAGUUAUCUAAGAGUGUUCACUGAUGUCCCUCCAGUGUCCACUGACAUGUUUUUAAUGUCAAGUUAUUUAUAUGUACAUGUUAUAUAUAACACUCUUUGAACAAGUUAUUUCUUACAUGCUUUAAGCAUUUUUCUUAUCUUGUUUAUAUCAUUUUUCAAAACAAACUUUCCUCCUAGGACAUAAAGUUGUGUUUAAACCCCACCCCUGUAAGGGGUGCCUGGCUGCAACUGUUGAUCUUGGGAGUUGUUAAGUUUGAACCCAGUUUGGGUGUAGAGAUUACCUAAAAACAAAAAACAAAACAAAACAAAACAAAAAAACUUUAAAAUAAAAUAAACUCCUCCCCUUUAUGAAUUAUGAAACAUUCUAAAAGUACAGUUCAAUCAGAGAAGCAUUAUUUUAGUUCUGAAGUUAAAAUCUGAAUCCUGGAAAAACUGACUUACUGAAGGUUGCUUCAGAUUAUUACACUUAAGCUUGAUAUAAUUUAAUUUUGAUAGAGGCUCCAUGUAUUAUAUUUCUAAAUGUCAUGAUGUCCCUCAAAAUGAUAUUUUCCAUUUUAUUUUUUCUCUUAAUUACUGAUUGUCCUUGAUACUGACUGGAGGGCUAAAAUGGUUAAUUUCUAAAACCUUUCUUACAAAUAGAUGAGUAACCAUUUGUUUUUGUUUUAUGGUACUUAAUGCUGAGUGAGACCUUUCCAAGAUUCCCCUGAUGGUAAAUUUCCAGUUGCUUCAGGACUGGAUGGCAUGCACCGAGUUCACUGUUCUCCCAACAUGACUGGUCCCAAAUCAGGAGUCUUCACAAUUAAGUUGUAUCCAAAUGAGGGAGGGAAGCACUUGUCAUUCCUUAAUCUCACCAGAUGGUAACAUCUUUUAAAAUUGUUAUCUAAUGUUUAGUCCUUGGAGCCAAUAGGAAAAAUGAGUGAUUGGAGCUUUAUUCAUGAGAAUGAAGUAGUGCAUGUAUUAUGCUCUAACGCACUUUAGUCUGUGAUCUAAAUGUUCUCUUAACGCUUCUGCAUGCAAACAUCAGCAUGGAUGUCAGCCAAGUCCACGGAACACACUGCCACCAGCACCUGUACAGCCUUACCUGAAAUAAUGCUUUCUCGUUGUUUAUAACAAGCAUCAAGCUCUCCCACAAAACAGCUAUCAAGUUCAUCAGACUAGACAGCGUAUCUGUUCUACCAUUUUAGUAUCAUAAAAGAAGAACAUUUGUGACAUUUGUAAGCUGUAAAUAAUAACUCCAGUUAUCAUAUCAUAUGUAUCUAAGACAUUAGAGACCGAUUCUUUCCUAGAGUGAGACUGUCCAUUAAUGGUUUCUGCGAAAACAAAAUUCUUUGGCUUUUAAAUGUGGGAAAAUGUUACAUGGGGGUAUAAUCUGUUAAUAUAAGCUUUAUUUAUGCCAAGGAUUUUUUUUUAAUAUUAGCAAAAUAGUGAGAGUUCGUUAGAACAAAGUUUGCUCUUACAGUAAUGCUGCUUAUCAGCUUCUGAACGCCCUUCUAACCCUGGUCCUCAAAAGUGUGUGGUGAUGGAAAGAAGUUUUGCAAAAUAAAACAAUAUUGCAAUCGUGCCUAGCAGCUGCAGAAAAAAAAAAAAAAGAACAAGAUCACUGUUUGAAGAGGUUUCUUUUGCCCAAGAAACCCUUUCUUCAAAAGAAUGGUUUCAGGGAGAAGCUCACCAUUUAAGGGAGAAUCUCUAAAAUCAGAGCUACUCUAGUUAUAGCUUCCAAUGAGCUUCACCAGACACCUCUGCAGAGCUCAGGAAGGCAGCACUGAAAACCUUGGAACCGGGGAGCUUUUUGAAUUCCCUUUGAGCACUGGGCUCUCAAUUCAUUACCUCUAUCACUGUGCUUACAACCUGGUAAUCAGAGGGUCUCCUAGAGGAACAGAUCACAUCCGUAGUCUAUACAAUGAUCAUUCUAUAGUUAUCUCGUCUCAAGACUUUUUCAAAAAACAUAUUUUUCAACAAUGUAUUUUUGAGUAAUGGAAUCAAAACAUAGUAACUGCUUUUAUGCUACCAAGUUACUGCUUAAUUGAUGACAAAAGUUUAGUGUGUCACUUAGUUCAGAGCUCAGAACUGAAUUCAUCAGAGUUAUUUUGCAAAAUCAUGCUAAGAUACAUUGAAAUUUCCACUCAUAUUGGAUAUAUAUAUAUAUAUAUAUAUAUCCUAAAUUAAUUAAUACUGUGGAAAUUUAAUACUAUGAAAAAUCACUAAAAGCAAUAUAGUAUAAGAUGUAUUUAACUGGGAAGGGUGAUAAUUAGGUACUGGAGGACCAAACUUUAGAUUAUAAAUGGAAAGUUCUAUGUUAUUUUAUAUUAGAGUGGACCAGUAUUACUAUUUAUCAUUUAUAUAGCAUUUUAUAUUUGCAAAGUAUUUAAUAAUUUUUAUGUUAUUCUUUACAUAUCUAUGAAAUAGGACAGUUAUCUCACAUGACAGGUAAAGAAACUGAGGCACAGAAUGGUAAAGCAACCUCUCUAAGGCAACCCAGUGAAAUAAUGGCAAAUAUAGGGAUUAGGAUGGUCAGAUUUUCUGAAUCCUAGAGUAUCAACUGAAUUCACUGAGGUGUGUUGUGUGUUACCCUAUUUUAUAAGAUGCCUUUAUACAAAUAAUAGUCAAUUGUCUUCAAGUUGACGUCAUUGUAUGUGGAUAAAUCCUAUACAGAAUAAAUAUUAUGUAAAGGAUAUGA